AUGGACGUCAACGAGAAAGACUCGCCAUUGAGCGUGACCGCCAACAUUGCAGGCAUUCUGACAUUCCUCGUCGCCAUCGUUGCGGCGGUCUACGCCCGUCUUACGUACCUGCGCAACAGCGAUCAGGAGUACUUCCGGGUCAAAACGUCGUUGUCGUGGUACAAGACGGAGUCGACAUGGCUCUCCGAGCUUGUCAGGGCAUCGGCGCCGCUAAUGCGCCCGGCACGCUCGCCCUCGGCCUUCUCAGGGCGGACUCAACACGAAAUGUAUACAUUUGUAAUGGACGACCUCAUCAAACUCGAGCAGCGUCUACUGGAUCUGGUCGAAGAGACGGAAGUUAGAGCUGCCCAGGGAAAUGUACCGCAACUUAGCGAGGACCAGCGAAGGGACUGGACGCUCGUGCCGAGCGGUUGGGGCUUCACCACUUCUGUUGCGCUGGCCUGGCUUCCGGUGCGCAGUAAAGCCCUAGACCUCGUGAGGCAGCGUGAUGCGUUGACAGCACGGGUGUCUUUCACACAAAUGAGCAUGAUAGCCUCGCGCAUAAGCGAUCUUGAGCAUCGCAGUGCAACUCGUGAUGCCGUCGUGGACAGAACACUCAAGAAACUUGAGGCCAUCAUCCACCAUCAGAGUGGUGAGAUCCACAGACUGGAGGACAAGCUGUACCGUAUCAUGCAUAGGCAUCGGGUAGAGCAGGAGGACGACCCUCAGCCUUGA